AAAUUCAAGAUGAUGUAAAUAUUUAUUGAUGAUAUUAUUGUUGACAUAAUGUCCCGAAAAAGCAAUAAUAAUUUAUCAAUUGUCGCAGAAUUAUCUCGACACAUUGAAACAGGUUCUAAGACGGGAAUUAUCACUUGUCUUACGACCAUAAAAAAUGAGUCUAAAAUAUUUGAGCUUUUUAUUACCGAUAAGGGCUUAGAUGUUGUUAUUAAAUUAUUAAAGUAUCAAAGCUCUAAAGUACUGGACAUUGCUCUAAGUAUAUUAGCAAAUGCAUUUCUCAGAGAAAGUGUAAGAGAACAGGUACACGAGACAUCAAUUGCUAACAACGUAGUGUGGAUAAUAAAAAAUUUGAGUCCUGGCUUGACUCUUCACUGCAGAGCUUGCCGACUUAUUGGUAACAUGUCAGAUUCAAAACGUCACACAAAAGCGCUUUGUGAAGCUGGUGUUAUUGUAGCGCUCAAAGGAAUUAUUCUCGAUGCUAAAACAAGUACUCCAACAUUAUUAAUGUCUAUACGCGCUUUAAGAAAUAUUUGGAACAUAAAUGAAGAAAGUCACGCAGAAAUUCUGGAUCUAAAUUUAGUAAAAGCUGUAACAGACAUCUUGGUAAGUUCAAAGUCCAAACAAUUAGACUCUUCAAACUCAGAAAAAUACAAAGACAUAAUAGAAACGUGUUUGAAAGCACUGCGUUCUUUUUCUGACACGUCAAACUCGAGAUCAGGGGAGCAGAUGCGAGGAAAAGAUUUGCGAGGAUACCAAUGUAUCGUUGAGCUGUGCAAAACUAACAGCAGAAUAGCCUUUCAAUUAUUGUACAAACUCUGUCGAGUUGCUAAUCAUAGACCAGCCUUGGGUUCAGUUGGAGUUGUCGAAUGUAUUAUUGAUUUUUUAAAAUUAAAAACAAAUUUGAAUUCAUUUAGACGAGAAUUAAUAGCGAGUUUUUGUUUGCUUUCCCGUGAAGCGGUCAACAGACUGAGAAUAAGAGAAGAAGGAGGGCUUGAAUUGAUGUUAAAUUUAUUAGCAGAGAGUGAUAAUGAAAUUUACCAUCCGGCAUUGCUGCAUGCGCUUACUCAAUUUCUUUACGAUGAAAAUAGUAUAUUAAUAAUUAUAAAAAAUGGAAUUGUCGGUGUCUUAACAGACAGAUUAAAGCGCAUGAUAAAUGAUCUUCAGCUUGAAAGCAAUAGUCCUGACAAUACCAGUGAGUCUAGUUCAACUUCAAGAAAACGAAGAGCUAAAUCGCCUGCUUACAAACAUAAUAAAAGUGAUGUAAAGUACAAUCGAAUAAACAGCGGAAGGUUUAGCCUUGAUUUUCCAAUCCAGUGGAGCCCAAGCAGCGUUUGUUCAUCAACAUCAUCUCCAACAAGCUCUCCACCCUUGCCUAAUUAUGAUAAUUAUGAUAAUAAUGAAAAUCCAACUGAUGAGGACAAUUACAGCCCGGUUUGCAGCGACGAUGAAGAUUGGAUUGGAUUGGACAAUAAUAAUGGAAUCGAAGAUAAUUCUUUGAAGAGUAUCUCCACUGCAUUGGGCAAAGAUGAGAUAGCUGAUGAUGAUGAAAUCGAUGAUCCAAAUGAUUUAGUAAUGGAAACUCCGGAAGUUAAUUUUUCUCACAUGUGGACGCUUAUUUUAUUGGCUAAAUUGGCGCUGCACAGUGAUCCUAUUGAAGGACUUGCAGACUCUGCGACAAUUCAAGCGCUCACUUCAUACAUGGAGUUGUCGAAAAAUCACCGAGCUCCUUCAAUAUUAAAUAGAAUACUCAAAAAUCAUGUCUACUUUCUUCCCCUAUUACUCCAGGGGUUUGUAUUUGAAGCACAGCUGCUUGAUGAUUCGCAAAAUUAUUUACAAAUUUUGGGCAACGUCGCUGAGCAAGGAGGCGCCUUUGGCGAGCUUGCUGCAACUCUUAUCCGAGGUCAGGAAACUGAUAAAUAUAUCAUUGCAAUUUCUGUACCCUUUCUUUUAAAGUCUAGAGAUAAGCUUCGGUUGCUUCUUGAUACUUACGGAGGACUUGAUAUUAUAUUUAAAUUAUUAAAAGACCGCAAUCAUUUACUAAAUGAUAAUUCGGUGCUGUCUAUUUGUCAGUUGGCUAAUAAUCUUGGAAUCGUGCCAGAAACUUUUGAGAAAGGUUUUACGAUGAAAGACAAUGAAAGCAAUGAAAAUCUACCAGUAGAUAAAGAUAAAAAAGUAAUUAAAAAUAAUGUUACGUUUGAAUUAGACGACGGAGGUACCGUUGACGCUUGUAGGCAUUUAUUGUGUCUAAAGUCUCAAGUUUUUUCGGCAAUGUUUAAUGGAAAUUUUUAUGAGACCGGUAAAAAAAGAGUUAGACUUCAAAAUGUAUCCAAAGGAGGCUUUAUCGUUCUUUAUUUGGCGGCCAGUGGUCAUUUGUUCAGCAAUAUUGAUAAUGAUGAUAAUGAUGAUGAUGAUAAAGUUAAAAUAGAAAGUCUCUUAGACGCAGUGCUUCUUGCUGAUCGGUUUUUGAUGAUUAAUGAGCUGGAUAAAUUAACAGAGACUUCGUUAAUGCGGAUUAGUUAUAGUAAUUUAAAUCGCGCCUGGAAUUGGGCAAGGGAAAAUCACUGUAGUGAAUUAAAAACUUACUGCGUUACUAAUUUUUUAACUAAAAAAUUAUCGCGCGAGCACAGGCUUAGUGCAUUUAAUCAUUUUAUAGAUGAUAAAAAUUUUAUUGAAUUUUUAGAGGAAAUUAAAAAAAUUGUAGUGUCACAAUUAUUGGAUAGACAAUAA